AUGUCCUCUCCGGGGCCAUUAUUCAUCGUUGGAACAGGACCCAUGAUCGGCUCCGAAAUCCCCAAACUCUUCGCCAGCAAAACAUUCACCCAAAUCGCCCUAUUCGCCCGCACAACCGCCACUCUCACAGCAGCAAAAGACAAAAUCACCGCCGCAGCACCUUCAGCAACCAUCAAACUCUACACCGCCGACGUAACCGACUCCCCGAACCUCACCAAAGCCCUCGAACAAGCAGUCACCGACCUCGGAAAACCAGAAGUCGUAGUCUUCAACGCCGCGCGCAUCAACUACGGCAUGUUCGACACCUACACGGAGGCCGACAUCCUGCUCGACUUCCAGAUCCCGAAUCUCGGCCUCUAUACCACGGCCAAAGUGCUACUGCCUUACCUGCGUAGUCUGGCGAAGGAAAAGGAAAACGCGCAUCCAUGUCUCUUUGUCACGUCGUCGCCGCUCAUGCAUCGUCCUGUCGCGCCGGUGUUCUCGCUUAGCAUGGCGAAGACCGCGCAGGCUAGUCUGACGAAGACGUUGGCGGAGAUGAAUAAGGAGGUGCAUGUUGCGGUUGUGAGUGUGGAUGGGCCUGUUACUUUUGAUGAGCCGGUUAAUAAUCCGGUGAGUACGGCGAAGAUGUUUUGGGAGGCCUGGGAGGGGAAGAAAGAGGAGUGGAAGUUUGAGUAUGUGGUGGUAUGA